AUGAUCAACGCAGUGCAAAUCGCGCCAACAUGGCGGCUCUACUUCAAUAACCCACAAGGGGCGCUUCUCGGUAUCAUGUCUUCAGCAUACAACCUUGGCGCAAUCUGCGCUCUUCCACUGGUGCCGUACGUGAACGAUAGAUUUGGCCGACGAUGGGCAAUCUUCCUAGGCUCUUGGAUCAUGGUCGUAGGAUCUGUAGUACAAGCCUUCUCCAUUAGCGCUGGCAUGUACGUCGGCGCGCGCUUCAUCCUCGGUUUCGGCAUACCCUUCUGCAUCAUCGCAGGUUCAUCACUCAUGGGCGAGCUUGCAUAUCCAAAGGAACGACCUAUCAUGACAUCUCUCUUCAACGCACUCUGGUUCGUAGGCUCGCUCAUAGCAGCUGGCGUAUCAUAUGGGACCCAAAGCCUGAAAGACGACUGGGCCUGGCGCAUACCUUCACUACUCCAGGCCGGCCCAUCAUUACUCCAAAUCGUCUUCAUCUUCAUGAUCCCCGAAUCCCCACGCUUCCUCAUCUCCAAAGACCGCCGCGAAGAAGCCUACGCCACACUAAUAACCUACCACGCCGAAGGCGCCACAACCUCGCCCUUCGCCGCCGCAGAAAUGGCCCAAAUCGAACACACCAUCCGCAUCGAACUCGAACAUUCCAAACGCUCCUGGCGCGAAAUGAUCGCCGUCCCCGGUCUACGCAAGCGCGUGAUAAUCGGUUCUUUCCUCGGCCUCUUCACCCAAUGGUCUGGAAACACAUUAUUAAGCUACUACCUCAACCAGCUGCUCAACAUGAUCGGGUACGACGACCCUGGCUUUGUCGGGAAAGUGAAUGUCGGGCUCAAUAGCUGGAAUCUGAUGUGUUAUAAUAUUGGGUAUAAUGCGUUGACCUACACUUUUUUGGUCGAGUUGUUCCCAUUUGCGCAGCGGACGAAGGGGAUUACUAUCUUUCAGUUCUUUAGCCGGACGGCGGUUUUCACGACCACGAUACUUAACCCCAUUGGGUUGAAGCACGUUCAGGGAAAGUGGCUGAUUAUGUAUUGCGCUUGGCUGGGGUUUGAGAUCGUCUUCAUCUACUUCAUGUUUCCCGAAACCUACGGCCGCACUUUGGAAGAACUCGCGUUCCUCUUCGAAGACCACGCGCUCGCUGAUGAAGCGACGACGCAUGUGGAGAAGCAGAUGGAGUGGGCUGAGAGACGGUGGAGUCGCAUUGAUGAACGUAUGAGUUGGGAGAUGGAUGUUGUGGUGCCGAGCAAGGCGCGUCGUGGUCAAGGAGAAGGAGGUAAUGAUGUAGGGACGCUAGACACAAGAGAAACGGUUCAACUGCAUCAGUAUCGGAGACGCAAUAGUAGCUGGGAGGAUCUUAGGCAGCGGGAGUAG